UCGAGUGGACGCACGAGUUUAAGAAAGAGUUAUUAGAAAGUGAUUUGAAAAAAGAUUCAUCGAUGGUGGGGAAGAUCGUUACCUUCCCUAAGAUAUGUGUGAGGGAAGCGAUGGCUGUUGCAUGCGUCAUGCUCGUGAACGGGCGCUGCUUUGGUCGGUCCUGUCUACGGGUAGGUGCUAGCGGUAGCGAAGUGCCAAGAAUCAAGUUGAGUAACGGAGCAGAGAUGCCAGCAAUCGCUCUCGGGGCUUACCUCGGAUUUGAUGAGAACGGUAUAAUUCGUCCUCGGGAGCACAAUUUACGUGACGUCAUCGUUCGAGCUAUUGACGUGGGCUACAGACACUUCGACACCGCCUCCAUUUACGAGACCGAAGCGGAGGUUGGGCAGGCCGUGCGUUUGAAGAUAGCUGAGGGGGCCGUGCACAGACACGAUAUAUUUAUCACUACAAAGCUCUGGAAUACUCAGCACAGAAGGGAUCAAGUAGUAUCCUCAUUGAAGGAGAGUUUGAAGAAGAUGGGACUUAGUUAUGUGGACUUAUAUCUGAUGCAUUGGCCGAUAGGACUUAAUGAAGAUUAUUCAUACUCCGACGCGGAUUACAUGGAGACCUGGCGAGGAUUGGAAGACGCGCAGUGGCUUGGUUUGACCAGGUCUAUUGGAGUCUCCAACUUUAACCAGGAUCAACUCCAAAGGGUUAUUGCUGAAGGAAGUAUUAAGCCCGUCGCUUUGCAGAUUGAAAUACAUCCUCAAUUAGUUCAGCAAGAGUUGGUGGAUUUCGCCCAAAGACAAGGUAUUGUUGUCAUGGGAUACUCACCCUUCGGCUCCUUGGUGAAGAGGUUCGGAGUGAAACUCCCUGGGCCUCAGAUUGAUGACUCCACUCUUGUUGAGAUUGCUAAGAAGUUUAAUAAAACUACACCACAAGUGGUACUGCGUUGGCUGGUAGACAGAAACAUCGUCCCGAUAGCAAAAACCAUGAGCUGCAAAAGGCUGAAGGAAAACAUCAACAUUUUCGACUUCCAACUGAACGAUGCAGACAAAACCAAAAUUAAUAACUUCAAUGAGAACCGACGCUACACGUUUCCAACGUUUUGGCAAUCUCACUUGUAUUACCCGUUUGAGAAGGUUGACAAUCCAUCUACGGUUAAUCCGUUUAUGCCAAAAACUUAGCGGAAUAUUUCCUAGUUUCAUCAAAAUACUAAGUUUAACCAAAGUAAGUUUAAGAGCGCGGCCCUGAGUAAGUAAAACAUCGCAGUUUUAGCGUGACACGUGUAGGGAUGUCGACAGAGUAUCGACGAAAAAAUCUAAGAUCUAAAUUUUUUAUCCGUAACUUCACUAACAUCAAAUCUAUAACAAACACGUAAAAUUCUCUGAUAUUUUAAUAGUUUUUUUUUAGUAAAACUCAAAAUAAAUUAAACUAUUAAUUAAAAAAUUAAUAUUAGAAUGAACCUACUAAAGUAAACGAGGCUGACCUAUUUGAAAAUAAUUAAUAAUUAAUUUAAGAGGCAGUCUUAAAGAAAAUAAUUUUAUUAGUCUUUUAUCUCGAACAUGUUCUACUUAUAACGUUUUUUACUUACCUUGGUUUUAUAAUGUGCGUGUACUUUUCCUGAAGAGUUGCUUAGACUGUAGAACGGAUUGCCAAGCUCAGAUAAUAAUAUGUUUAGAAUUAUCAUAAUUUUAGAAUUAUAGUAUGGAGUCUCUUUUUACAUGUUUUUCUACACCUCUACUUUUAUUUGUCAUUUAUAUAGCUACGAUCAGUAAUAUAAGUAAAUAUUUCAUUAAAUAUUUGUAAAAGUCUCUCUAUGGCCUAAACAAUGUUUACAGUACUAUGAUGUCGCCAAAAAAGCACAGUUAUGUUGGUGCCAUAGACAUCUUAAUUUAGAUUAGGUUUGGUAGGUUCCUUAGAUAAUUUAUACGUCGAGAUAGUGCCUCUUGCUGUUAGACAUUCGAUAAAAACAGGCUAGGAAUAUUAAUUUAGUGUGCGUGACAAGCUACGUCUUACACUCGCGAUUUGUAUGAUACUUUGUGUUAGUGUGCGUGCAUUUCUCAAAAUAGAGGUUACUUCUAAAUUAAAUUUUUUUCGACGUUUUCACAGCUGUCAUAGUUUAUCUAGAUUCUAGACGUAUAAAAUGAUCUAAUGUAGGUUCUACAAAUGAUUUGAGUUUACUUUAGUGUUAAUUCCGCCAAUAUUUGUCUUUAAACAAUUCGACACGUGUUUCGCCUCUACACAAGGCAUCCUCAGGACGUGUUGUCUCGCCAAAAUCUGGCACGAGACAUAUCAAACACUAAAGAAAACUCAAAUCAUUUGUAUGAUUAUGGAUUUCCGCAAAGUAACGCCUACUUCAAUAAAUUUUAAUGUAGGUUCAUAAAAAUAUUAGAUUAGAUAGUACAUUCAAUAUUACAAACAUAAUAUUUUCAUAAUUGAAUCAUUAGACUUAACAUUUUAAUAUCAACUUAAGGAAAUGACUUGUUAAUAUAAUUUUGCCAAGAUGCUGCUAUAUAUUUUGUAAUUUUCAAUUUUCCCGCGUAUUCUAUAUGUACCUUUGCCAUUAUUUUAAGGAAAAAUUAAUCCACUCACCAGAGAUAAGUAUUAAGCGGCAACUCGAAAAUUUGUGGUAUUUAUGUGUAAGUCAAAUUUAACGUAAGCAGUAACGCUGUCUUUAACAUAGACUGCGGAAUGUGUUGCACCAUGGCAUAGUUAAAUAGUGAAAUAAUAAGUCAAUAUCGAAUAUUUAUUUGAAACUAGACAUGUUGCUAUUAAGGUAUUUAAUAUUAACAAUAUAUAUAACCGGCGAAGAUUGGCCGAUUACGGUUAACGGCCGUUUUCAAUAACCCUAAGUUUAACUUACAGUUACAUUGCUGUCACGUUUAAUGACAAGAUCUUAUCUAUCCAUAGUUAUAGUCCAAUGCUAUCUGUCAAUAGGUUAUUGAAAUGUAAGUAAGCGUAAAAGGAUAGAUUUGUCUACGUCUAGUAAGUUAAACUAAAGAUAGAUAGGUUAUUGAAAACGGCCGUAGAUCUUUAAUGUUAUUACGUCAUCUAAAAAUUUUCAAAUGGUGCAACUCAUUUUUAGUUUAACCGGUACUUUAACAUGUUUGGUGCAACCCACUCUAGUUUUGAUGUAGAUCUGAUGAUGUAGCCGUAGCAGAUUUUUUUCUCGUUUGAUUUCAUCACAAUCUGUAGAACACGCGGACGAACGAACAAAAUGAAUGAAUGUUGAAAUAUUAAUUUGUAAGAAGUAAAUGUAUGUUACUCGUACGAAUAGUAAAAGCAUUCGUUAAAAUUAUUUUUUAGCUUAUCAUUAUAAUUCUGAAUUAUACAGUAUUAUUUAUAAGUGUACAAACACACAUGUAAAAGGGUGCCAAUUAUUCAGAUUAUACAUAGGUUUAUUAGAGUAAUUCCAAUUAUUUGUGCUUGUUAUUAUAAUAGACGACUGCAAUGACCACUUAUCAUUUUGUGAACCACCUGCUGCUGUAAAGGCGGCGAAUGUCCUUCACCAACCACACUCAAUAAAUUGAAUGUGAUUGGAGACGCCUACCACGAGGUGAGGCUUGCAGGCUGCAUCUGAACGUUGUGCUCGGGAAGCGAAGCGCCUGCUGUGUGUUUCACAUGAUGCAAUACCCCAAUGUCUCAGAAAAAUUACGUAGAGAACAGCAUGGAUGGUGUUUAGUGACAUAACGCUCACUAGUAUGUCUGUCAUCAACAACCAGCAUGAUGGUAGGUGCUCACCUUCGUACUCCUCACUCUCACGGCUCACUCCACGUUCAAUACUUUCUAUCAAAUUAUAAGACGACCUGUAUAGCCGAGUGGUUAGCGACCCUACCUACUAAGCUAGAGGUCCCGGGUUCGAAUCCCGGUAGGUGCAAGCAUUUAUAUGAUGAAUAUGGAUGUUUGUUUCCAAGUCAUGGAUGUUUAAAUGUAUUUAUGCAUGUUUAUAUGUAUUUUCAUAAGAAUUUAUGUAUGUUUAAGUAAGUAUAUUGUAUUAAAUAUAUCAUUUUCUUGUAACCCAUAACACAGGCUAUAUAUGCUUAACUUGAGGCAAGAUAAUUUGUGUAAAAAGUGUGUCAAUAUUAUUAUAUUAUUAUUAUUAUAAGAAAAUAUCUCUGCCACCCGGGACGUUUUAGAAUAUCAAUCAAGUUCGCAACUCGUAAUCCAUUCAUUUGUUGGUGUGGCCACCUGAUGUGAACAGAUCACGAUACAUAAACCUGAACGCUCUGUCUGCCCUUUUACUCAAGACCAUCUUGACAGAUAUGGAUAGAGGCUAUAGUGUAAGUAAUUAAUGAACUAUUUUAUAAAUAUCUUAUUGUUUUUAUAUAACGUUAGGUGUUACAGAAAGUGCUGGUGCGUUUAUGUACGACAAUGUUCGAGCAUACUUUACUAUUACUCAACACGAAGUCCGGAUCUUAAUCCCAUUGAGCAUCUAUGGGAUUUUCUAAAACGAUAUGUUAAAGCGUCACAGUCAAUCCACAGAACAUCCGAGUGCUAAAAUUGUUAUUACGACCAGGGAGCGUAUUCCACAAGAACCCGUAAAGAAACUCGUCCAAAGCAUGCCACUAAGAAUAAUUGCAGAAGAUAUUUCAGCCAGCGGAAGCCACACUGCAUAUUAAUUUUAAUUUUAUUAUUUUGUAACUUAAAGAUCAAACUAAAUUAAUAAUCAAACAAAAGUGUUUUCACAUCAAUAAA